CAUUUGGCUGCAGACUUCACGUGUACGUCUACCAUCACAACAUCUCUCGCAGGGUUGCAAAUCACCAUCGAAUAGUGCAGAUUUUUUCUGUACUUUCUCAGUGGCACACGCAUUCCAUACUUGUUUACAGUUACAGCUUCAAGAUGAGGAUAAUUUUGGCAUGUUUUUGCUUGAUGCUUGCUGCAUACACGAAUGCAGAUACAUAUUUUGCGGAACAAUUUGACGACGAAGCGUGGGAGUCUCGUUGGGUUGAAUCCACAAACAAAGGCAAUGAUGCUGGCAAGUUCAAGUGGACUGCGGGAAAAUUCUACGGUGAUGCUGAGAAAGAUAAGGGUAUCCAAACUAGCCAGGAUGCCAAGUUUUAUGGCCUCUCUGCAAAGUUUGAGAAAGAGUUCAGCAAUGAGGGCAAGGAUCUCAUCAUUCAGUUCACUGUAAAGCACGAGCAGAAGAUUGAUUGUGGUGGUGGAUACGUCAAACUCUUUUCAUCGGACUUGGACCAGAAAGACAUGCAUGGUGAUUCUCCCUACAACAUCAUGUUUGGGCCUGACAUCUGUGGACCUGGUACCAAGAAGGUUCAUGUUAUCUUCAACUACAAGGACAAAAAUCUUCUUAUUAAGAAGGAUAUUCGAUGCAAGGAUGACGAAUUCACCCAUCUGUACACCCUGAUCGUCAAGCCAGAUAACACCUAUGAGGUGCGUAUUGACAACCAGAAAGCUCAGUCGGGUAACCUGGAGGAUGAUUGGGACUUCCUUCCACCUAAGAUGAUCAAGGAUCCUGAUGCAUCAAAACCAGAAGACUGGGACGAUAAUGAGAAACUUGAUGAUCCUGAAGACACAAAGCCAGAGGAUUGGGACAAGCCAGAAUUCAUUGCUGACCCCGAUGCCCAGAAGCCAGAAGAUUGGGAUGAUGAGAUGGAUGGAGAAUGGGAACCACCAAUGAUUAACAAUCCAGAUUACCAGGGAGAAUGGUCACCCAAGAAAAUUGACAACCCCAACUACAAAGGAAAAUGGGUACAUCCCGAGAUCGAGAACCCUGAAUAUGAAGCCGAUGAAAACCUUUACAGAUAUGAAAACUUUGGUGCUAUUGGUUUUGAUUUAUGGCAGGUAAAAGCAGGAACAAUUUUCGACAAUAUACUUGUAACAGAUGAUCUUAAAGAAGCAGAGGGACAAGCAAAAGAAUUAUUUGAAAAAACAAAGGAAGGUGAAAAGAAAAUGAAAGAUGAACAAGACGAAGAGGAGAGGAAAGUACGAGAGGAGGAAGAGGCCAAGAGGAAAGAAGAGGAAGGUGAUUAUGAUGAAGAUGAAGAAGAAGAAGAUUUAGAAAUGGAUGAUUUAGAUUUGGAUAUGGGUGAUUUUGAAGAGGAUGACGAAGAGCUACCCGAGGAUGACGAAGAAGAUGUUGAUCUUCCUAAGGAUGAAUUGUAAAAUAAUCCUUGGAUCAAAGACUUUAUUAUUCAUAUAUCGGGGGGAUUGAAAGUACGCUGCAUCACCCAACAAGGGUUGUGGUAUGAUAGGCUCCAUUUGAUGUCGAUUGGUAUAAUGUUUCUAAACCCAAACCUGUUUGGGAGAAGCUUGAUACACCAACACCAGGGACAGGUAACACAAAGCAUUGUGCUUGACUGUAUGGCUGUUUAUGCUUGAAUACAUUGAUCGUUAUGUGAAAUCAAGCAUACAAAUCAACUAAAUGAUUAAUCGCUUAAAGCUUUGUGUUACGUGCCCCUGGACUGCACUUAAUAUCAUCAGCUGGGUUAUCAGGAUUAAAAUUGGGAUCUGCUGGGUUAUUGGGAUUAAAAUUGGGAUUUAAUACUUCAAAGAGAGGGUAAGACUGUUUUGGGGCGAUGAAAACUACACUUCAUUUCCAUUCAACCUGCGUGUGUAAUCACAUUUCAAAAAAUAAUUUUUUUCCUUAUCACGCAUGUACCAAGUACUAAAAUUUCAAUAACAUCUUCAUAUUUUUAUGAAGGAGUGGUAUUGAUAGUUAUGUAAUGUCAAUGCUGCCGGAAAUGGAUUUGUGAAGUUUUUAAUGUUCUUGUUUGAGAUGGUAUAUUUUUCCUGCGAUGUGACCGGCUUAGAGAAUGAAGCAGGGAUGUAUGAUUUGUUGCCAAGGCAAAAAACAAUCUCAGACAUUUUCUCUUUGGUACAGAUUUCAAAAUUCAGAUUUUGGUGUGAAAUAUUGUUUCAUGGGAUGUCGGGUAGAUAAACAAGAUAUUCAUACCAAAGUGACUGUAAGAUAUCAUAGUCCAUUUCUACAAACUUUUGUUUUCCUAAAAGAGCAAUACUUAAUGAUUUAUUGUAUUUUUAUCAUGGCACUAUGUCCAUUAAUAUGAACCGUGUAAUUUUAGUCACUUGUUCUAUUUGAUGCUUUUGUUGGGAUGUUAAAUUAUGGUUUUUAUUUGGAUUGUGAUUAUUGCAACUCUUGCUGGUAUACAAUGAAUUAUAUGAAUGCUUUGCCUUGCUUAAUGCAGCCACUUCAUAUUUUUCUUUGUUCUUCAAUUCCACAGAUUUUUACUGUGAAUGUUGACUUUCCUUUAUAGCAUUAUCCGUGUCCAUUUCAUGUUUUCACCACAGGCAUACUUUUUAGUGAAUAGUUUUUACUUUUUCAAAAUCAAACUAAAUUUGAUACAUGAUUUUCAUGUAUUUUAUUAUCAUGGUUUCUGGUAAUUCGUGGUAAUUUAGUUGUUUUUUAAAGAUCUCAACCAAUAUUCACUUUCUUUUGUAUAUGAUUGCAAGAGAAGCAUUCAUGUCUCUAUUUAUGUUACUUUAUUUUUUCAUUUUUUCGAUUUUGGUUGGAAUCUUGUCUACCACCUUCAGAUAGGUUAUCUAUUGAACAAGCUGCAUUGUUCUGAUUCAGUCAAAAAUAGUUUUUAUGUUUAUAAGGCUAGGAACCUCUCAAAAUAGUCACCCCAUUUCAUUGAGAAGAAUUAAUCUUUAUAUUAAUUAACAGAGUAUGUAUUGGGGUUAAAACUUCUAUGUGAAAUGGGGUGGCUACUUUGGGGUAGGCUUCUGGUCUGACAAGAGAAAAUAUAUGAAAUGUUUCUUUGUUUUCAUAAUAAAUUGUGAUGAUGCAGCA